UCGGAGGGCUGUUUUACGAAAAUUUUCCGGUUGGAAAUUUUUGUGAUUUCGUCAUAUGAGGCGGGAUCUAUAUAACGACAUGUAUAGAUAAUAAAAGCAUGUUUUCCAAAAGAAACAUAACAUCUAACGCUGUCCUGUAAAGGACCGGCGACGUGUGACUGUUUUGUCAUGUUAUUGUCUGGUGCAUAAUGUCAUGUGGGACGUCAGUGAGCGGAAUUUCACGAUUUGUAAAUGUCUGAUCGUGUAUGUAUCAUUUUUUGAAUGUUUUUGCUGUUGUUGAUGUUUAUCCAGUGGGUAUAAAUUAUGUCAGAAAGACAACACACAAUGAAGCCUCAACAAACUGGCUCUAGACAAAGUUGUUCCUGUACAUCAUGUGUUUAUACAAGUGAGUCAGAAAGUCUGAGACGUAUGUUUGAUGGUGGGUCUAAGAUCGAUAGACUCUAUUAUGACAAAUAUAUACCAUUGAGGGAGAGAAAACUUAUUGAUAGGUUAAUUAAAACAAGAGCACUGUAUGACGACGUACGAAAUCGGAUACUUUCUAGCGAUGACAGUUAUGGAAAAUCAUAUGAGGAAGAUAGUCAAAGAAAUAUCGCUAUUAAUGAAAUUGUCACUUUGGUGGAUAAAGGAGGCUUGGCUGGUCCUAAACUAAGUGAGUGUUGUAGUUGUUGCAAUUGCGGGACAACCCGAGGUCGCCAAGACAAGCACCAACGACGAGCAAUGAGGCGCCAUGUUCGAGGUGGAAAGCAUUUAUCAACGCAGUCAAGUGUUAUGCCAAAACAGCGGACCCGUGAAAAUUUGCGCCCCAGAGGUGUUCGCUUUAAACGGAUUCGUUCUGAUCCUUGUACGUGCACUUUAAAAUUAAUUCUUUCAAAAUCCAAAAAUUUUCUGGAAAAAUCUGAAUAUGAUAAUAGACAAGCGCCUAACAAUAGAGCUGAAAAUGUGUUUGAUAAAAAUGAAUUAAAACAAAAAAGGCCAAGAGGUCGAAUGGUAAAUAAUAUUGAAGAUAAAAUAACAAGAUCUGUAAGAAAAAUUCGUCAACCAAGCAUUAAGAUUAAAAACCGCAUCGAAAAGGGUACAUUUAAGUCUUUAGAAAAUUUGAAAGUAGCUAGACAAAGUAUAAAAAAAAAGAUGGAUUCCAUGCAAACACAAUACGUCAAAAGACAUGAAACUGAAUCCACACUAAAUAUUGACGAUCUCGGUACAAUAAAAGUAAAGAAAGAUUCAAUCACAAAGUAUAGAGAAGAUCUUAGAAAGAAAAAAAUGGAGCGUGAAUUUGAGUGUGAACAUGAAUGUAAUGUUGAAGAAUGUAUACCGAAAGAGUGUUUAGAAAUAAUGAAAUUAAGACGUGCUUUAAGACAAAAACUUAAAGGAUCAGAUCAGACAAGAUACAAACAGGAAAAUGAAAAUUAUGAUCAUGAAUUGGGGUCAAAAAUGAUAAGAGAUAGUCAGAUAAAACCUAACAAAAAGGCCACAAAGUCAAAAAAAAUAUUAACUAAAUUUGAUAUAUCACAGCCAAAAUCUUCAACAAGGUUUCUUAUUACAACCUCAUCAGAAAAUCAAAAAAACACAUUAUCUCAUAAGAGAAAACUUAAAGGGAAAAUGCGCAAUAAGAAAGGACAAGUUAAACAUGCGUCAAGUGGAACGUCUUAUUCUGUAUCCACAUUACGGAAACCAGUAUAUGUUAGAGCUGAACAGUCUGCGCCUAAUAUGCGGAUUGAAAAAUCUGUAACCGAUAGAGAAAAAAGAAAUACAGACAGCAGAAAAAAGAUAUAUUGUGCGUGUGAUAAAAACACGAGAAAAAAACGUGAUAAAGCUAUUUUAAAUACAACUAAGAAAUCUGAUAUCUCGACUACACAUGAUUUACGACGAUGUUUUUGCACAUUAAAAUUGUCACCAUUCAUCGAAGAGAAAAAUAAAUUUAAAGACAGAAAAGAUAUUUCCAGUCAAACUAUUACUAACAAAAUGGCUAAUUCAUAUACUGAAAUGAAUAAAAAACGUAUGGGUAAUCUUUUACCAUAUGAAUGUGAACCUGGUGUAUGUACACCUUAUAGAUGUAAUCCUUAUGAGUGUCUUACUCGUAUAAACGAGCGUAAAAAUAAUUUUGUAAAACAAAAUAGUCUUAAACAAAAUACUUUCAAAGCGGCUAUAAACAAAAAUGAAAAAUAUAGUCCUAUAAAGAACAGUAAUAAACCUAGUGUCAUGAAUCGACCAAAAACUACAAUUUCAUCUUCUAUUAGUUUUAAAUAUUCAAAAGGAAAUUCGUUAGACCACGGUAAUAGUCUUCUUAAAACCCGACCAAGUAAGAAAAGAUCUUCAAAUAUUCAGACUACCAUAAAGAAAUCCUAUAAAAUUGAUUCAGGGACAAAUAAAUCUAUUUUGAAAUAUAAGACUUCAAAACAAAAGCAAAUUGAUAAAGAAACCUAUACAAUAAACAAGCCUGGUACAGAAAAACAAAGUGGAAUCCGUUUAAAAUGUAUAUGUAAAAAAAUUAUGUUAAAAGCCAAGUAUCUCUCUAGUAAUUACGAUACAUCAACGGCCAAAAAAACUUUUUCUUCUCAAACUAAUAGCAGUCAGAAGAAAAUGAAAUCAUCUUCCAGCAUAACAGACAAUUUUAAAAAAUCUAGAAAAGCAAUAAAUGUCAAUGUACGGAGUACAAAUACAGAUAAAAGUCGCAAAAAAAUGAAAUCUUCGUCUAGCAUAACAGAUAAUGCAAAAAUCUUUCGAAACGUUGAUUCAGUUAAAAUAAGAGAUGCAAGCCCAACAAACAUCCGUAAUAAUAAGAAUACUCAUAGUACUGAUAUAAAAACCUCUGCAAACCAACCACAUCGCAUUGUCCACAAGCAAACAAGAAAGCCUGAUACUUGUACAACUGUGCCUAAAGGAAUAAGACAGUCUGUUAGUAUAGGUUCCUCGUUUAGUUUUAAUAUUGAGUUUUUUAAGCAUAGAAUAAAUGAUAACGAGUGUGAAUUUACGAAUUUUGCUGAAAAAGAUAUGAGAAAAUGUUUAUGUACUACAAAAUCAAGAAAAAGAAAUGUAUCACAAAAUAUUUAUACUAUAAAUAAGUGCAUUCUUGAUAAACUUCAACCAGGUUAUGAAAGUAAUUUUUUCAAAAAAUCUACACUUUCUCAGUAUAGAUAUGAUACAUCAAGUGAUUUUGAUUUUACAGAAAUGCAAAGUCAAUUUAAUGAUUUAAAUUUGUAUAGAGAGUCUUUAUUUCGUGGACAUUUACUAUCUAACAAUAACUUUUAUAAAAGCAAUUUUGAAAAUGUCUAUACAUAUUCUCAAGUAUGUUUCAUAAAAAAGAGCAGAUCUAAUGUUACAGGCGCAAGUCGUUUAUUGAAACGAUGUUUUUGUACUAUGAAUGUAAAAACUAAAGACAAUCUAAAACCUUAUGAAUGCGAACCGGGAAUUUGCUUACAUGGGGACUGUGACAUAAAUGAAUGUCAACAAAGAAAAUAUAAACCACCAAAAAAAACACGACUUGAAGCAAAUCCUGCCGUAAAAGAACCAUGUCCACAGGCUAUUCGGUACAAAUCGAUACCAAACAAAUCUCGAAGGCAAGCCGUGCGCUUAGGUUCGGAAUUUAGAUUUAAUAUAGAUUUUGCCAAAUCUAAAUCACAUUAUAAAGAUCGAGGUCAUGUUGUACGGAAUGAUAAGUGUAAGUGUCCAUCACACAAUACUAGAAAAAUAGGUUAUGUAUCUUCUGAUGUUGAUCAACAUAUUCAAUCCGAGGUCAGAUCUAGUGCAAGAAAGACAAAUACAGACAAAUUAUUAAAGAAAUGUUUUUGCACUUUUAAAUUACAAAAAAAAUUACAAAGUCAAAAUCAUGGAAUAAGUAGUAUAGAUACAAAUAAAACAAAAUAUAAAGAUACUAAUUACGAAAGGCAAAGGCCUAACACGCGUCAAAAUCAACAACAAUCGGGUCGUUCCACAACAUAUACAUCAUCUGAAAAUUAUUUACACGUUACAAAAAAUAAAACAAAAAAUGGACAAGAUUUCUCGAAAACUAAGCAUCAAGGUAAUCAUUACUUACAUGACCCAAAAAUGAUAAGUAAGAGUCGCAAAAUAAAAGAAAACGUAACUCCGAGUUCACAAAUGUCAUCUUCACGUUCUCAAACCAAUAAUCUGAGACAAGUAAAAAAACGACAAAGCAUUAAAUUACCCAGUUCAAAAUCGAAUUAUGAACGAAAAUGGAUCAAGUUAGAUCCCAAUGAGUGUGAGCCUUAUACUUGUAUUCCAGGUCGAUGUAAUCCUUAUGAAUGUUUAGAAAGAAUAAAGAAGCGUUAUAGAAAUACUAGAAACAAAAGUAUAUCAGUUCGUGCAUAUAAAAACCCAAUGUCUUCUUCCAGUUUCACAUUUAAAGAUAAACCAACAACAAAAGAAAAACAUGCUACAGUACAAUCGUGUGGAAAACCAGCUCAGUAUAUAGUAGAAAAAUCAACGAAACCAAGUAAAGUAUCACGUAACAAAAAUCAGCAGAUGGUUCGAAUUGGGUCGAGUUAUAGUUUUAAUGUACAAUUUUGUAAAGAUAAACAAAACGAAAACGUACCAAACUGGCAAGUGCCUGGAGAUGUAAAUUAUAUACAUAAUCAAAAUAUACCAAAUAGGCAAGCGCUUGGAUAUGCGAAAUAUAGACACAAUCAAAACGUACGAAAUAGGCAAGCAUCUGGAGAUGCGAAUUAUAGAGAAAAUCCAAAUGUGUCAAACAGACGAGCGCCUGGAGAUGCGAAUUAUAGACAGAAUCAAAACGUAUCGAACAGACAAACGCAUAAGCCUCAAGAAAAUUCAUCAAAAAUACUUCAAAGAAAUAAUAAAAAAUAUAUUUGUGGUAAACAGUACACAUCAAAUUCUAGCAAUACAACAAAACAAUCAAAACAGAAUAAUAUAGCAGUACAGAAAUCGGAACGACCAAACCGAUCAAAACGGACACAUCCAAAACAUAUAACUGAUAAAUCUGAAAUUAAAAGAAUUCCUUCAAAAUCGAAAUAUUCAAAAAAUUUGGAACGAUUAAAGCUACAAAAAAAAGGAAGACACCCAAAAUACAGAAAACAGAGUACUGAUAAAUUAAGACCACAAAUACCUGAAAAAAAAAGAGUUAGUCCUAAAAUAACGAAUUCUACAAAUAUAAAGGGUAAAUCACAACAUAAAGGAACGGCGAAACGGAUGAUUUCGCAAAAUAGUUUUUCAGAAUCAUAUGUAAGAAAACCUGAAAAGAAAGUUGUUAGAUCGCAACAGUCAAAACUACAUUAUAGUUAUGAUACUGAUGAAUCACAUGAACGAAAACCUAAAGCAGUUAUUUCAAAACGGCCAGAUCUUCAGUGUAGUGUGUGUAGUACUGAUGAAUUGCGAAGACAUGAAACGAAAUCUCUUAAAAGUUCACCAAGUACAAGAUCAGCUGUAAAGAUAGGUUCUACGUUUAGUUUUCAUAUUGAGUUUUAUAAAGAGAGAUUUCCAAAUACCGCUCAAAUAGAAGCAGCUGCUAAGGCUUUGAAAUAUAAAUGCAAAAAGACUUGUACUAAAGAGUUAAAUAAAAGUCGAGGAUUGAAAAAUCAAAAGUUGCAAGUGUCAAAUAUGUUUACCGAUAAAAGUCAAAAUACUUUGCCCAAAACACGUGAAGUUAAAGCGCAAGCAAAUUUAGAAAAGCCACGUUGUAUUGUUAUCGAUAAAGGAUGCAUGAUCAAACCUCCACCAGAAGUACUAAAUCCUUAUGAAUGUGAGCUAGGUGUUUGUGUACCCGGAAAAUGUGAUCCAAUUAAAUGUUUGUCGCGUAUUCAAAAACGACAUAUGAAAGAUUCAAGCACAUGGACAAGAUCCCCCAAAAAGUCAGUAUCUAACGCAGUUUCAACAUCUAAUACUGCCUCUAAUAAAAAUAUACAACAUACUGAGAAACCGCAAAAAAGAAAAAAAAAUAAAGUUUCAAAAGUGAAAAGACCCAAAAGUUCCAAGAAAAGGAAUCGUGAGAAAGGACAUUUGCCUUCGAAAAAAUGUGUGCGAUUAGGUUCUAGCUUUAAAUUUGAUAUAGAAUUUUAUAAAACGAAAUCUUCUAACAAUGAUAUUUUGAAUGAACACAAGCCAGUAUAUGUUUAUAGACAAGAAAAAGAAAAAAAACAAAGGGUCAUCAACAAGCACUCACAAUCAUUGGUUCCAAAAAUGCAGCCAUCCUUUACAGAUGCGAAAAUUCUUAAAAGAUGUUAUUGUACUUUGAAAUUACAAAAAUCUAAUAGAUCAGUUAAUUCAAAAUUAAUGACCCAAGCACAAAAUGUUUAUUUUUCAUCAAUACAUAAUUUCGGACCAUUGCUUUUCUUGGAAACUAAAAAUAUAAAUCUAAAUUACAAUCCUUAUAAAAUACAAGGUAAUGACGUUUUUAAUUCAAGUUGUAGUUCCAAUAUUCAAUGUGUUAAAAACGUAUCCAAUGAUACUAUCCCUAAACCCAGUUUUUUUUUUAGUAAAAAGUAUUCAAAACAUGCACUAAUGGACAAGUCUACACUACAAACACAGACAUCAAAUAAAAAAGAAUAUGAAACUAAUGCACACGUACUCGACCAAAAGCUCAACGAUAGUAAAAAUUAUAAUUUAGGAUAUAAAAAUAUAUUAGCAGGAUCCUUUCUUGAAAAAAUUUGUUAUACAAUAUCAUCUGAGAAUAGCACAUCUGCUACCACAAUAUUUCAAUCAUCACCUAAUACAAAUUCUCGGAAAAAUGAAUUAAUUAACAAAGAGUUUCCAACUAUUUCAAAUAUAACAUUUAGAAAUAAAAUACAUGAAAAUAUAACAACAAGUAAGGGAAGUUUAAAACAUUCUGAACAUAUAAGUUAUAUGAAUAUGGGCCCAUAUAAACCUACAACUAAAUAUUGGAUUCCACCUAAAUAUUGUUAUAACAGCUCUGAAAGAAAAUGUCGCAAAAUAGAUAAGCCUAAAAUAUUGGCACCUAUAUAUAUUAUACAUCAAUAUCGAAAUAAAUAUAUACCAAGUCAUUCAGUGCAUGUACAUUCAAAAUAUAUUAAUCAAUUCAAAGAAAAUGAUGAAAUUUAUCAAAAAUCUGAAAUCAUUAAAAGUCUUUAUCCAAAUAUUAUUAAUUCAAUUAAUUACCGACAAUCCCCUACGCCAUUAAAUGCGAUCAUGCCAAAAAAAAGAAAUGGAUUAAUAAAUUCAAAUACCGAUUACAUAUCAAGUUUAAAACCACAUAGUUAUAAAACGGAAGAAAAGGAAAUUAGUGUAGUUAAUUUAUUGAAACGAUGUUUCUGUACUCUAAAUCUUCAAGUUAUUCAUAAACAACGGCGAUUCAAGACUAUCGAUAAAAUAGAUACAGAAAACACUAAAAAAGUAUGUAAUGACAGUUUUGAAGGAACAAAAGGCCAAUAUGGUAAUUCAUUCUUUGUGUAUAGAGUAAAUAAUAUACAAAGUCAAUUAAACAAAAAACCUGAUGAUGGUAAAGAUACGCAAGUUCUUUAUCUAUGUCGACCCAAAAAAUUUAACAAACAUACUAGCAUAACUUUAUUUGGGUGUAAUAAACUUGAAUGUAAUGAAGUUGCAGAAAAUCCGUAUGAUCUCUUAAAGUCUGCCAACAAUUUGUCGAGUAAAAAACGUGUUAGAAGAUUAAAAGCUAAAGACAGUGAACACGCUAUUAAAACACCAAAUAACGCUAGUAAGAUUUUAAAUAAAACUACAUCAACGCCGUUAUGUAUCCAAUCACUUGCUUGCCGCUGCAAGCAAAUAUUUUACAAACGGAAUACCUUACCCAAUUGUAAAUGUUUUGAUAAUUCACAACCAAAUAAUGAGCCAGAUUCACAACACAAUGCAAAACCUAGAAAUAAAAACGUCAGUUUAAUUGAAAACAGAAUUAAUUGCUCAUCCAUUCAAAAUCAGUAUGAUAAAGAAAUUCUAGCGAUGAGUAGCCGUGGUCAUGCUUAUUUUAAUAAUAAUCAAAUGAAUCCUUUACUUAUGAAACCACCAUCAGAAGUAAAAUCAAAUCGUAGUUGUUGUGUCAAAAAAGAAAUUACUGAUAUGAAACCGUCCAAAUUUAAAAAAGAUGUAUGUUUUGAUUCUACUAUAGAAUAUAUAGGCGAAAAUGGUUAUGGGAAAAAAAUUGAUACAUUUGUGACAAGCUGUAAAAAUAAAUAUGAUAGUGGUUCUAUUGCUAGGAGGCAAAAGUCGAAACAGCUGCGGGAUAAUAAAGUCUAUAGCAAGUUAUCAUGUCAUUGUCAGAAAUACCAUAGAUGUUCACAGUUCCCUGAAUCAAAACGUUCCUACAAAAACGACAAACAAUCAAAUACUUUACUCCCUGUCACAACUGGUAUAUCAGUAACUAACCAAGAUUUUAAAGAACUGCAAAAUACAAAUAGAGAAACUAAAGAUAGAACAAAGUUUUCAGGAUCUUUAUACAAUGUUUCAAAACAUGAUCGAAGCGAAAAUUUGGAACAAGAACCGAAAUAUAAGAAUAAAAAAAUGAAAAGACGUAAUAAUAAAACACAAAGUGCCAAGAAAUGUAUGUGUCAAAAAAUUAUUUUAGAAUCAGAUCAAAUUAUGACAAAAAGUACAAAAGGAAAUAUUUUUCAACGAUUUUUCAAAAAGAAAAGUAUAAAGCCAAGCAAUGACAAUUGUCUUUGUGAAUCACUUUCUCAGCCAAAAGAAGUAAGAACGAAAAUCGAUUUUAAUAUAAGAAAUAGAGAUUGCCAUAAUGGUUCAAAAGUUUCUGAUUUAAAAAUACCAAGAAAAAGUGCAACUUAUCCAUUAAAUGAAACACAGCGAACUGAAUCGAGACAUGACAUUUCCAAAGUUAUUCAAAUUGCGGAUAGUUCACCUGUCAAACAAGUAAAAACAAAACCAACAAAAAGUUUAAUAAAGAGAAAAAAAUGUAAAGCACAUAAUGCACCAGAAACUGAAUCGGAACAGGAAGUUUUUAAAGACACUCAAUUUAUUAUAGACAGUUUACCUUUUAAACAUAAACAUAAGCCAAGUGAAGUAAAAAAAAGAAAGUGUAAAUUGUACUAUGUUUCAGGGACUGGGUCCAUACGUGACUUUUCUAAAAUUGAUCUAAAUGUGAAAUCGUCUGAUCAACUGAAACAAAAACCGGUAAAACGAAAAAGUAAAAGUAUUAAUAGAUCGACAUCAAGAAGUUGUAUAGACAAAAAAAAUAGAUCUAUGAAUAAAAUAUCUAACCGUCGAGAAUAUAUUUUAAAAACACCCCAAUGUGCAUCUCAAAAAAUUCGUGAUUUAAAAAAUCAUGGAUUUUCUAACGGUUCACUUUUAAUAAAUAAACAUAGAGAUACUGAAAACUAUGAUGUAAAACAAAGACAUAAUACAAUCAAAUGUAAAAUUAAUGAAAGAAAACGUAAAACGACUUGUAUUUCAGGGUCAAGUUCAAAAACUGACGUAUUUAAAAAUUAUGAUGAUAAUAUUAGUACGAAGCGGCAAUCUUGUGAUUGCCGCGAUAGUCAUUCUGAAAUUCUAAAAUAUGAUGGUGCAGCGCACAGUAUGAAAUGUAUUCCAGAAACAAACAAAAUAACAGAAAAGAAGAAAAGUUUUAUACAACGUAUUUUCACAAAACAAAGCAUUUCUAAAAGAAACGAUACCAAAAAGUCAUUUGAAGAUUCCAAUGUUUAUGACCAUAGAAUUCCUAAAGAUUCUUAUUUAAUAAAGAAGAAGAGAAAAAGUAAAAAAAACUAUGCUUCAGUUACAGAACAUAAUUUUGCCCAAAGUCAUCCUUGUUGUCAAAUUUGUCAAACAAAAGCACAGGAACUAAGACAUAAUAUUUCAAAUAUCGGAGACAAUCCGUCCAUUACUCAUGAACAAAAGCCUUUAAAAAGUAUAAUAAAAAACAAUGAUAAAAGCUUAAACAGAAGUGUCGACGAGGAUCGAGAGAGUCAUGCAAAAAUAUUAAAGAUUGAUAGUGCGACGCAAUGUGUUAGAUGUACUUGUAAGUCAAAAACACAACCCGGUGUUAAUUGUAAAUGCCACAUAAAUACAUCAAAAUCAACUGAAAAGAAAGGAAACAUAUUACAACGUAUUUUCAAGAAACGACAGCACUCUAAAAAGCCUGAGAGUGCAACCCAAAUAAAUGAAAAUUCGGUGGUCUCCGCUCAGCAACACCGUGGAGUUGACAAAACAAACCCAAACAACAAAUUAGAAAAUGACCGAAAAAAAGAAUCAUUUGGCAAAGAAGUUGACACUACAGAAGAAUUUCGUAAUAAUAAAAUGGAAACUAUACCACCAAAAAACUCAAACAUUAACAAUAAUGUAGUCGAUAAAGUUACACACCCGAACAAAAAGAAAAGUAGAUUGACUAGGGAGAAAAGAAAGCUUAAAAAUAUUACAUCACGUGAUAACAUUAAUGCAAAGGGAGACAUUGCAAGUAAGACUCAUAAAACUGACCAGGAAAAGAAAAUUCAUGUUCAAGACAAAAGAUCAAAAGAUUUCACAGAAAAUGAAUUGAGGCCAGAUAUAAUGAAAACAUUGUCGCAAAAUAAGAUUAAAAAAUUUGCGUCUACAAAACAUCCUACUUUACCAUGUACAUAUAAAAAAUGCCAGGAGAAAGCAAAAAGCAAACAUUCUGAUUUGGUUUGUGGUGAUUGUUCUAGUCCAAAGUGUUUAUUUAAAAAUGAAAGUUUUCAAAUGAACAAUAAAGAAUUUACACCUAAAGUCUCGCAAGACCAGAAACGUAAGAAAAAGUCUACAAAAACUAAAUGCACUUGUCAUAAAUAUACUCAAUCAAAGUCCAGUACUUUUGACAAAAUUACCGAAAGUAAAAAUAAAGCUAAUAAUAUUAGUACAAAUAAAUCUGUCGAAUUUUUGCCAAGGCAAAGCAAAUAUUAUUUGAACACUGAUAAAACUAAUAGGAAGCUUGUUCAAAAAAGUGAAACUCAGCUGAAACUUCAUAAAGAUUAUACCAAAAAAUGUAUUAGACACGAAGAAAGUAAAAUAUUGAAUCAAAGUAGAAGUAAAAAAAUUGAAACUGCAAAAAAUAUACAUAAACUACCAUGUGCGAGCAAAAUAUGCCAAAAAAAAUCUGAACUUUCUGAAUGGGUUUGUGGUGAUUGUUCUAGUCCAAAGUGUUUAUUUAAAAAUGAUACUCAUGAUGCAAAAUCAUUGACCUAUACUAAUAUAGGAACCCAAGAUAAAAUAAAGCCCAUACUUGACAAAAACUUAAAUGACGAAAAAUCUUUUAAAAAUGAUAAGCAUCAAAUUUGUAUCCAUGAAAGUAAAGUAAAUGCAAGCUUGGAAAAGUUAUCAGGAGGCAAACACAAAAUUAUGGGCAAGUCUGAUAUUGUUAUAAUUGAUAAAGAACAUGAAGGCAGUUCAAAUGCAAUUCGUGAAAAUGACAAGAUGAAAUCUAACCUCAGGUUCCAAAUUAAAUUGUCAAAAGCACCAAAAAUCGAAACAGCCAUAACGCAAAACAAAAGUAAGAAAUUGACUAAAUUUCAAAGUAAAAGACUUGGCACUUUUAAAUCUAUAUAUAAGCAAAGUUCAAUUUUACCAGGCAUUUGUAAUAAAUGUCAGGAAAAAAUACAACUUUUUAAACGGACUUGCGAUGAAUGUUCUAGGUCAGAUUGUUUAUUUGAAAGUGGUGUUACUAAAGUAAACGACCAAUUAGUAGCCCACACUAAUGUGAUGAUACCUUCUAAUACUACUCCAGUUAAAUCAAGAGGUCAAGCGUUGAAAAAGAAAACUAGUAAAAAGUUUGUAUCUACCAAACCAGGACAAAGACAACAUUUUACAUGCGAAAAUUGCCUAUUAAUGUGUAAAGAUUGCUCUGAUUCGAAAUGUAUUUUUAACAAUGUAUUAAAUAAAAUUGAGGAAGAAAAUAAAGGUAUUAAGCUAAAUGAAAUAAGCUCUUCUAAAGUGUCAGUGCAUGUUAGAACUAUAAGUCAAAGUAAAAACAAGAUAAAAAGCAGUCCGAGUAAAACUGAAAAAUCGGAAAAGAAGCAACACUCGAUUUUAUCAUGUACUUGUAAAAAAUGCUUCGAAAAAGCACAACUUUCUGAAUGGACGUGUAGUGAUUGUUCCAGCCCCGAGUGUCUCUUUAAAAAUAAUGUUUUAAAGAUCGAUGCAAAAAAUGUAUCAUCAAAAAAUCCACAACAAAAUGUAUCAUCAAAAAUACAAUUACAAAAUACAGUUUUAUCAUGUACUUGUAAAACAUGUAUGGAAAAAAAUAAAUUUUCUAAUUGGACAUGUUCUGACUGUUCAAGUCCGAAUUGUUUAUUUAAAAGAACUUCCUCUAAAGGUGAUACGGAAAGUAUGAAGGAUUUAUCAAAUAUUAGUAAUAGUCAAAUUCCUCAUAUUAUGAUUUCGCAACAUAGCGUUAAUGCAAGCAAAGUUCCUAAAACGAAGAUUAAACACACUAGCAAUAGUAAACGACAUGCAACUGCAAUAUCUGCCCAUACUAGAAAUGCAGUAGAUGGCAAAAUACGACACGAUGAAGUCUCUAAGAAUAGAAUUGACAAUAAGAAUAUUCGAAACGGGAGCAAAAAUAUCUUGAAACUUAUUGCAAGCAAAUUACAAGGUUCGAGACGAACAUUUGAUAAACAAAACAAUAUUUGUACUGGUAAAGUUUGUCAAAAAUUCUCCGAAAUAAUUUGUACUGACUGCUCUAAUCAAAAGUGUAUAUUCAAAAAUGAAAAUAAACCACACCCAAGUAGUAAUAAAAUUUUAAGAUUAAGAAAUUGUAAAAGACAUACAACUUCAAAAUCUAACAAUUCUAAUAAAGCGGUAAACGGCAAAAUACUACAUAGUGAAAUCUCUAAAAGCAAAAUUGGCAAUGCAAAUGCUCAAAAUAUAAGCAAAAAUAUAUUGAAACUUAUUGCAAGCAAAGUACAAGGUUCAAAAAGAACAUUUCAUAAACAAAACAGUAUUUGCACUUGUAAGACUUGUCAAAGAAAAUCUCAAUAUCCUGGAUUUAUUUGCGCGGACUGCUCUAAUACAAAGUGUUUAUUCGAAUGUGGUAAUUUAAAUAUUAACAAAGAAAAUAAUAUGAUAAAUUCAAUUCUCUCAAGAAAUAAAUUGGAAAAACAAAAUAUAGAUUCUACUUGUAAGACAUGCCAAAAGAAGCUUCAGUUCUCUGGGUCAUUGUGUGCUGACUGUUGUAAUCAAAAGUGUUUAUUUGAAUAUGCAGAUCAUGAUAUUAAUCCGAAAUGUCUAUUCCAAUAUGCAAAAUUCGAUAAAGAAAAAGCAAGCCAAUGCAAAAUCUCUGAGAAACAUGAAAUAAAUAAAUAUCCUACAAAUAAAAUUGAUAAAUAUAACAAAGGUUGUAUUUGCAUUACUUGUCAAGGAAAGUCUCAGAACUCUAAAUCACUUUGUGCUGAUUGUUGCAAUCCAAAGUGUUUAUUUGAAUGUGCAGAUCAUGACAUUAAAGAAAUAGAAGAAAACCCAAAAACAUUGUCAAUAAACAAAAACAAUAAUAAACAUAAUAGAGCUUGUAAUUGUACUAUAUGCAAAAAAACCUCUCUAAACUCUGAAUCAUUUUGUGCUGACUGUUCCAAUCCAAAGUGUUUAUUUGAAUGCGCUGAUUUUGAUAUUGAUGAAAAAGAAGCAGGUCUCAUUAAAAAUAAAUCAGUAUGUUCAAAAGAUAAAAUUGACAAACAUGUCAGAGCUUGUACUGCUUGUCAAGGAAUGUCUCAGAAUUCAAAAUUAAUUUGUACUGACUGUUCUAAUCCAAACUGUUUAUUCGAAUGUGCAAAUCACGAUAUUAACGCAGUAGAAGGAAAUUCAAUACCUUGUGAACUUAAUAACAAUGACUCUAAAUAUAUAAAAAAUAAAAAUUAUAAACAUAUUAGAACUUGUUAUUGUACACUUUGUAGAAAAUCCUCUAACUCUAAAUCAUUUUGCUCUGAAUGUUCUAAUCAGAAUUGUUUAUUUGAUUGUGCAGUUCCCGAUAUUAAUGCAGUAGAGGGAAAACCAAUCUCUGGUGAAAUUAAUAUAAAUAAUUCUAAAUUUCCAAAAAAUAUAAACGAUAAACACACUAGAGCUUGUAAUUGUACAAUUUGUAAAAAAGACUCUCAAAACUAUAAUUCAUUUUGUGCAGACUGCUCUAAUCCAAAAUGUUUAUUUGAAUGUGCCGAUUUUGAUAUUAUUGAAGAAGAAGCAGACCCAAGCAAAAUCUCUGGAGAACUUAUUAAAAAUAAAUCAAAACAUUCAAAAAAUGAAAUUGACAACUGUAAUCGAGCUUGUAUUUGCAAUGAUUGUCGAGAAAAAUCUCAGAACCCAGAAUUACUUUGUGCUGACUGUUCUAAUCCAAACUGUUUAUUUAACUGUGGAAAGCGUGAUGUUAACAAAGAAAAUGAACAUGAAAUCGCUGGUGAUAUUAUCACAAAUAAAUCUAAGAUUACAAAGAAAUCUAAGAUCACAAAUAAAUCUAAGAUCACAAAAAAAUCUAAUAUCACAAAUAAAUCUAAUAUCGCAAAUAAAUCCAAUAUCACCAAUAAAUCUAAUGUCACCAAUAAACCUAAUAUCACCAAAAAAUCUAAUAUCACCAGUAAAUCUAAUAUCACAAAUAAAUCUAAAUUUUCAAAACACAAAAUUGAUAAGCAUAACCGUGCCUGUCUUUGUGCACUUUGUAAAAAAAGUAAAAAUUCUGAAUCAUUUUGUGCUGAUUGUGCAAAUCCAAAGUGUUUAUUUGAAUGUGAUAGUAACGCAGAUAAAGCAGACCGAAAUAAAGUAUCUGAUAAUUAUAAAAAUAAAUACUCCAUCACUAAAUCAGCACAUGCGAUUCCCAAAGAUAAAUACAAAACAAAAUAUCAAAGCAAAGCAUAUUUUAAACUAAAAAUUGGGAAAAAACGGUGGUCCAAAAAUAAUUAUGUUGGCGAAAUUAAGAAAACAUCUUCCCAAAAGAUACAAACAUUAUGUUCUUUUAAAGAGACAGAGGAAACAUCAGCAAUUCAAAAACACCAAUGUACUCAAGACACAACCCAAAUCCAAAAAGUGAAUGGAGUGAAAAUCACUAUACCUACAAACUAUUUAGUUGAUAAUAUUGAUAUAAAACCAGAUAGAAAACAAAUUUCUAAACUUUUCAGAAGAAAACAUGCCGAUUUUGAUAUUUAUAAAGAAGAGCAAAGCUCAGACAAGAAAUGUGAUACUUGUGCACGUAAACAUGAAUAUUCUAGAACAUAUCCACCUGCCAUAGAUAAUAAAAAAAUAAAUGCCCAAAAUAAUAUGCUAGGAAGUAAUGAACGAAAUGACGCCAGCAAGCAAAAAGUAGCCCAACAAGAUACAUUUUUAAAUCAAAAUACACAAGAUGUGAGUCUUGUUUCAGAAAAAAAUGGAGUUAAAUUAACUUUGCCUACUAACUAUAUAAUCGAUAAUGUAUGUGUUAAACCAAAUAGCAAAAAUAUUUUGAAACAUUUCAGAAGUAAAUUUAGAGGUAUUUCGAAAUCGGCAUUUCAAAAUAGCGCAGCUAUUACUUAUGCGAGAAAAGAAUUUAAAAACAAAAUGAAAAAAUCUGAGUUAUUUUGUCCUAAUGAUGAUUCUUGUUCACUAUAUAAUAAAUUUAUUUUUAAUAAAAAGAAAACAAAGAAAAUUCCUACCACUUCAGAUUAUAAACACAAAAGAAAUACACCCACACAACCUGGUAUGAUAAAACUUUCCAUGCUUCCAAAACUAGUCAAAAAUAAUACCAAUAUAAAACGAAAUGACAUAAAUUUCGACAAAGGUUCAUAUAGAAAAUAUGAUACGGCUUUGCCAUAUAACAAACGCCAUAAAUUUGAUACAAUGUGUGAUGAUUGUAAAAAUCCGAAAUGUAUUUUUGAAAGUGGUGCUUUUGAUAUGAACGCAUGGAUAUUUAAUAAUAAUAAGCAAAAAGCGGCCCAAUAUUCUGAACUGUCAUGUAAAGCUUGUGAAAGUAAACAAAAUUCAGGCCUUUAUCCUCAAGGGCGUGGAAUGAAGUUUACUGUAACUGCAAAACCUGACUCGGAUUAUUCUAAUAUAAAAGAAAACGUGAACAAUGUAAAUAUAAUAGAAAACGAUAAAAAUAAGAAAUCCAACAUUAAAAAAUCGACAUUAGAAAACGGAUAUAGUUUAUGUACUUGUGAUAUACCAACGUCAUUACAUAAUCUUCCAGAAUUUUCGCAGUACUCGUAUGGUGACUCACCGUUUCAAAAAGAUGGUAUUUUUGUUACUGAUCAACAAAAUGAUUCAUUGAAUGCAAAUCAAUUAAAUAUUUGUCCAGAUUGUAAAUAUUCACAAAUGAAAAAUAAUAUCAAAUGUACUUGUAAAUCCCAAUUUUCUAGUGGUGACCAACCUAUGCAAUCAGGUGACCAGAAUUACUGUCCCGAAGCCAAUAAUUUAGAAACCUGUCAAAUCAAAUGUAUGGGAAGAGUUAAUACUUUACAACAACCAACUAGACUUUGCAAUGAUUUGUGCACUUGUAAAUUUCCUUGCUCUUGUCAAAAAUGUCCUAAAAAUAUUGAUGUGGCUGAAGUAUCGUGGGGCGAUUGCAAACCACAAAGAAUGUUUAUUGUGACUGACAAUGAUACUGUGACAAAAGGCAAUGAUGUGGCUAUAUCGGCACAUAAUCUUCCUAGAAAAGUUCAAGGAGCAAAAUUAGAAGUUCUUAUCAACAAAAAUCUUGAUCCAAACAAAAAUAAACCAGAAAAACCUUAUAAGAGAAACAAAAUAUUCACAAAAACAAAGCCAGAAGAAUGUGUUCAAAUUGAAACCCAAACAGACAUAACCUGUACAAAUUGUAAUGUUUUAGCUAAUGAUAAAGCUUUUACAAAAAAGACGAAAUGUAUCUGUGGAGCCCCAAAUUGUAAAAAAAUAUUUAAAGAAAUGACUCGUAAGCUUAAGCCGAGGAAACCAGAUAAAAAGUGUAUAUGCGGAGUCCCCAGUUGUAUAGGUGAUAAAUACAAACAUAUAAUCUGUAGCUGUGAACCUUCUGAAGCUGACGAUGAGGAUGAUCUUUUUCAAUCCAAAUCAGAUUCUAAGAAAAGAGGUAAAAAAUCGAAAUUGGAAAACAAACCUACAUUUGCACCUAAAACCAAAUUAAGAAAGGAUAAGAUGAGAGAAUCAAAUGCCAGUGAAACAAUAGACACGAGAAAUAAAAAUCCAAAAUUCAACGAGAAAAAGGCACAUCAUUAUAAUUUUAUAACGGAGCCUAUAAUUGAAUCUAAGAAAACUAUAACUUCACACGAACAACGUGACACAAAACUUGUAACUGUGGUCGAAGAUGAACCUAAGAAGACAUCAAAACGUAAUUGGGAUAUGUAUAAACCUAAUCGGGAUAAAUAUAAACCAAAUCGGGAAAUGGAAGCUAUAAGUAGAUCAAAGAAAACAAAACAAUACGAUUCUAAAGACAAGACUAAAGAUAAAAUGAAAAAAAAUGAACCGGAGGUCAAACGUAAAUCUAAGAUAAAAAUAAACCAAUCUGAUCCUAAAACUAAGACAAAAGCAAAACAAUCUGAUCCUAAAACUAAGACAAAAGCAAAACAAUCUGAUCCUAAAACUAAGACAACAACAAAACAAUCUGAUCCUAAAACUAAGACAACAACAAAACAAACUGAUCCUAAAACUAAAACAAAAACAAAACAAGUUGAACCUAAAACUGGAACAAAAACAAAACAAUCUGACCCUAAAGCUAAGACAAAAACAAAACAGCAUGAUCCUAAAGCUAAGAUGAAAUCAAAACAAUCUGAACCCAAAGAUAAGACAAAAAUAAAACAAUUGGAAACUGGAGGUAAGGCUAGGGCGAAAACAAAACAAUCUGAACCGAAAGCUAAGACGAAAACAAAACAAUCUGAACCUAAAGCUAAGACAAAUACAAAACAAUCUAAACCCAAAGAUAAGACAAAAACAAAACAAUUGGAAACUGGAGGUAAGGCUAGGGCGAAAACAAACCAAUUGAGUUACGAUAAAACUAAGGGAUCUAAAGGUAAAAGGAUCACAACAAAACAAUUCGGAUCUGAACUUAAAACUACGACAACUACUAAAACUAAAACAAAACUAUUGGAACCUGGAGGUAAGACCAAAACUCCUGGGUCAAAGUCCGCUUCAAAAUCAGCAAAAGAAAGUCGUAGAUCUAAACAUAAGAAAAGCAAAAAGAACAGGCAGGCACAGAUAAAAAGAAAAAAAUAUGCCAAGAAAACAAUAAGAAAAUAUGUAACAUAUGUAAAGAGAAAAACUAAACGAAAGAAACAAACUGCGUUUCAACGCUUCCUUAAGAUAUUCAGAAAAUCUUUUAAACGUAAAAAAAAACCUAUCGUUUCUAAAGGCAACUUGAUCAAGGUGAAAGAUAAAGUAGCUUCUACGUCUGUUGUGAAAGGAGCGAAGAGUACAUUGGAAGCACAUUUUGUAACCAACUUCAUAUUGCACUUCUUUGACAAAGAUCCCAGACGGCGUUUCAGACCAAUAAAAAAAAUUAAACCUCAAAGAAAAGAGCCAGUAGACUUUGAGUGCAGUUUAUUCAUGGGUUCUCUUAGGAAGAGACCUUGGCUUUCUAUUUAUUACAUGUGUCCAUGGUUCUAUCCUCACUGCGUUAGUAUCUUAAAUGUUUGGAGGCAAUUUACCGACGUAAUCUUGUUUCUUUUAGCCGUUGCAGUAUGGAGUCCUUGUAUUCUGGCUAUAGAGAUAUGUAGGGCUUUUGUGUGUUGUGCUUUCUGUACUGGUUGAUUUUUGUAAUGUUUCAUUGUAUCGUAGAUCUGUAUUAAAAUUAAAUGUGUAAUUGUUUUUUGUUACAAAUAUAUUUGUAUAUACUUUA